CCCAAGCCCGUCUAUAAAAAGAGAAGACAGGAGCACCUUUCUGUUUUGCGGAAUUAGUCAUUUCCUUCACCCCAGGCAAACUUCUCUCUAAGGAGCGUUAGCCCGUCUGUGAUAAAUCCCCCGGACGGAGAUUUGGCUGCAUCAGAGACCCCAGUGCCGAUCUAUGCUUCCCCAUCAACAUGGAGGCUUCUCUUGCCGCCUGCAUCCUCGCUGCUCUCCUGGCUACGGGGGCCUGUCUGCGGUGUGAGGUUUGCAGAGGCGAAGGAACCAGCUGCUCGGGCACCGUCCAGACCUGCGCCACUGGGCAGGACUCUUGUGGCAUCGCUCUGACAGAAAUGACAUGGGCGGGAAUGAAGACCCAAACCGUUCUCCAGGGCUGUGUUACAUCCAGCCAAUGUAGAUCCGGCCCCGUCUCUGUGAAUUUCGGGAAUGGAAUGGAAAUAAGGACAAGCUUCACCUGCUGCGUGGGAGAGGCCUGCAGAACAACCACAGUUACAGGUCACCCCUCCUGGACAGGCUCUGCGGCCUCCGGCACAAUGGACGCGCCUCCGGGACCCGGGGCCUCCAACGCGACAGACGCGCCGCCCGGACCCGGGGCCUCCAGCGCGACGGACGCAUCUCCGGGACCUGGGGCCUCCAACGCGACAGACACACCUCUGGAACCUGGGGCCUCCAAUGCGACGGACUCACCUCUGGAACCUGGGGCCUCCAAUGCGACGGACUCACCUCUGGAACCCGGGGCCUCCAACGCGACAGACACGCCGCCGGAACCUGGGGCCUCCAACGCGACAGACGCGUCUCCGGAACCUGGGGCCUCCAACGCGACGGACGCGUCUCCGGAACCUGGGGCCUCCAACGCGACGGACGCGUCUCCGGAACCUGGAGCCUCCAACGCGACAGACGCGCCUCCGGAACCUGGGGCCUCCAACGUGACGGACGCGUUGCCAGGACCCGGGGCCUCCAACGCGACAGAUGCGCCUCCGGAACCCGGGGCCUCCAACGCGACGGACGCGUCUCCGGGACCUGGGGCCUCCAACGCGACGGACGCGCCUCCGGAACCUGGGGCCUCCAACGCGACGGACGUGUCUCCGGAACCUGGGGCCUCCAACGCGACGGACGCGUCUCCGGGACCUGGGGCCUCCAACGCGACGGACGCGCCUCCAGAACCUGGGGCCUCCAACGCGACGGACGUGUCUCCGGAACCUGGGGCCUCCAACGCGACGGACGCGUCGCCAGGACCCGGGGCCUCCAACGCGACAGACGCGCCUCCGGAACCUGGGGCCUCCAAUGCAACGGACGCGUCGCCAGGACCUGGGGCCUCCAACGUGACAGAUGCACCUCCUGGACCCUUGGCCUCUAAUGCAACGGACACCCCUCCGGGACCUGGGGCCUCCAACGCUCCAAGCGUGGCUCCAGCAGCCACAACCUCCCGUGCGGCGGUUGUGACUUCAAAGACCACAACCUCCGGCGCGGUGGGCGUGACUUCAAGGACCACAACCUCCGGCGCGGCGGGCAUGGCUCCAGGACCAGCCGGGUUUCUCCUUGCAGCUUUUGCUGGUCUCCUGCUGCUGACGCUUCUCUCCUAAUUCCCCACCGGGUGCAAUGGCCACUCUGCACUGAAAUCCCCCCUGCAGCCUGCGUCAGCCCCUCAUCCCUCCGGGGGUUCUCAGCUCCCCUUGAUAUUGUUGCACUGAAUAAAACACAC